GCAGACCCACAGGAAAUAUGAAAAGCAUUUGCAGAGAUAGAUAAUGUUAAAAGUAAAGAUGCGGUACCCACAAGCAAAUUUAUAAUCUUUUUUUACAAAGGAAAGGAAAUGAAGGAAUGAGAUGAGAAACACUCAUCAUUCCACCCUGUAAAUCUCUUUGUUCGCUGGUUCCCUUCAUGCUUGACACCGGAGCUCCAUUUAUUCAUUUCACCAUUACAGAUUUCUAACAUAACAAGAACAAGAAAGAAGAAGAAAGAAGAAAGAAGAAGAAAGAAGAAAGACAUAUAUAGCCAUUUGUAAUUGGUAAGUUCUUUUUCCUAUUUUGGAUAAGCUGAAAUCACCCAUCUCAUCUUAAUUUGGAGUUUAGAAUAAAUGAGCUAGCUAGAUUAGUUGUUAGGUUUGAAAAUCGUUUUUUUUUGUUUUUGUUAUGGCUGAGAUUAGAUUGACGAGGAUAGAACAAGGUCAAACUAGGAUUAGAAAUGUUCCAAUUGCUGUAACCCCUGAAGGAUUUUGGUGUUGUCCUUCUCCUGUUGUUUUCCAAAAAUCAACCAAAACCCAUAACAAAUUACCCAAACAACAUCCUCCUGUCUCCAAGAAACAGAUCCCUCCUCCUCAGAGAAAACCGCCUCUAGUUCCAGUUCCAGUUCCGGUUUCUUCUUCAAAUGACAAAACAGAAGAUCCCACGCCGUCCGUUACUAAUAAUAAUCCUGCACAAGCUAGUAGUGAUAGAACAAACCGAUCUAAGGUUGAAAAUGCACCCAGAAAGGUCUCGAUUGAAUUGGGUGAACCUGGGACAAGUGAUCUUAAGGUCAUUCUGUUUGGAAAACAGACUUUCGCUGUUAAGCUCUGCGUUCACAAGAACGUUCUUUUAGAGAAGAGCGGUUUCUUCCUUGACAAACUGUCGGAGCAGCAGCAGCAUCAAACAAGUUCGUCUUCUCUUGAAAUUGAUGAUUGUGAGGAUAUUGAGAUUUACGUUGAAACAGUUGGACUGAUGUAUUGCAAAGACUUGAGACAACAGUUGAUGAAACAAAACGUUUCACGGGUCCUAAGAAUACUCAAGGUGGCGGAAUUGCUUCGAUUCAACACCUGCAUAAACUCGUGUUUGGAAUACUUAGAAGCUGUACCAUGGGUAGGAGACGAGGAAGAAGAGAGAGUGGUCUCUUCAGUUCUUCGUCUUCGCGAAGAAGGUAUUGGGGUAACCCCAAUCCUUAAACGGAUUGCCUCAGAAAACACCGAUCCUCCAAAGGACACAAUUGCUCACAUAAUUGACUUAGUUCUCAACAGCAGCGAAGAACGAGGAAGAAGGGAGAUGAAAGCUAUAGUUUUGAAGCUCUUACGAGAAAACAACAAUGCUUCUACAAGUUCUUCUUCGGGUUUAUCCGAAGUAUACAUUCAAACAAUCUAUUCCUCUUGUAAGAGCUGCUUAAGUUCGUUACUGAACCAAUUCAAGCAAGCGGAUGCAGACAAGAAACAGAUAGGUCUAGAUGUGGAUAAUCUCACUUGGCUACUCGAGAUAUUGGCUGACAGACAAGCGGCUGAUGAGUUUGCUAUAAUGUGGGCUAACCAAGAUGAGCUAGCGUUACUUCACGAUCAAACACCGGUUGUGACUCGUAACCGAGUGAGCUGCAUAACUGCUAGAGUUUUUGUUGGGAUUGGACGAGGAGAAAUGCUGCCUGCUAAAGAAAUCAGGCAUCUAUUGCUGGAAAGAUGGCUGCAGCCGUUGAUCGAUGAUUAUAGCUGGUUGCAACAUGGAUGCAGAUCGUUCGAUAGGAAGGCGGUUGAGGAAGGGAUAGGUAGGACGAUCCUUACAUUGCCUUUGGAGGAUCAGCAGAGCAUUUUGCUGGCUUGGUUGGGAAGUUUUCUUAAGGCAGGAGAUAACUGCCCGAAUCUUCAGAAGGCGUUCGAGGUGUGGUGGAGAAGGACUUUCGUUAAACCAUACGCUUAACUUUACUUGCGAUUACUCGAUCGUGCGAGAAGCGAUUACGAUUCUCGCACGAUCGGGGCGAGAUUGUUGUGAUUUCUGUUGUUUUCUCACUUAAGAAAGUUUGGAUGUUUAAUCUAAUGUUAUGUACUAGGAAUAAUAUUUAACAAGCACUGAUUUUUAAGGUUUAAAAAAAAAGGAGUUGAUUUAUUGGCCUCA